AUGGGUGCUCGGCCGCUGCAGUGGGCGCUCUGGGUGGGCGAUGCGGUUAGGCCGUUGGAGGAUUAUGGUGGUCAGCCCGUGAUAGUGCCGGUUUCGAAGAGUGAGAAUAGUUUGUCGCCGACGAUUUUGCAGUCGGUUUCAGAGGCGAAGGUAUUGGCUUUCCACGCGACUGUGCGACUGAGCAAAUUCAGUCGGCCUGGGGAGAAUUUGGACUGGCUAGGAGUAGAGAAACAGUUGGGAGAGGCGGUAGAAUGGAGUGUGUAUGUUGGUGCCCGAAUGUUGGUCGUGAACCCGGUGGAAAAAGUGCCGGAGAGUUGUUACGUACAAUUUGCGCGUGUGCUGUUGCGUGUCAGUUGCCGGUCACAGGAAUGCGAAAUAGUGCUACGCUGUCGUUUCCUGGACGAAUGGAAUCUGUGGUACGUGAUAAAGCAACUUGGCGCCAGUUUAUGGACUGCCGAUACCAAUUCCGUGAACGCACACAGGGGUAUCAAACGUGUGUGUGUCUCCCUCGACGCACACUACCCAAACUGCCCAGACCAACUGUUCCAGAACAUCGCUGCACGCUGGCUAGGCGAAGACGUCGCCAUGCUGCUGUGUACCACCACCGCCUUCAAGGCCAAUCAACAGGGCCUCCCCUCUAUGGUCAAACGAAACCGGCAACUUGUAGAAACCUUCCUUCGCAGGGACCUCUACGUCGUCCUCGAGAUGCCCGCCGCUGGCAACUCUGCCACGACCCCGGCGGCAGACACGGCGGCUGCGACCAUAGUCUCGGCGGUAGCGGCGACCACAAACACGGCGGCUCCUGCCACACCGGGGGCUGCCACGGCGGUCGUUGCCACAGAUUUCUUGAUUCAAGACGUCAGGAAGUACAUCGAACAGACGGUUCUCUGGCUGCAGUACACACACCACCAGCUGCCGCCUUUACUCCCGACAGAAAUCAGCAGGGGCAGCCACCACGACUACCUCCAGGAACCACUCCAACCGCUUGCCGAUAACCUGACGGCGUAUACCUACUCAGUUUUCGAAGAAGACCGAAUCAAGUACGACCUGUACAGGGCCGCUAUAAAAGAACAACUGGUCAACCUGCUGCAGAAGGCACUACUGGACCCCUCCCAUUGUCCGGCUGCGCAUCAGCAGCACGGCGGUCGUCCUGACCUUGUGGCGACCGGCUGCACGGCGACCGGCUCCCCGGCGACCGGCGCCGCGGCCACGGCGACGGACUCGGGCAGCGGUUCCUCCGCUGAGAGGUUUACUACAGUCCACAUUGCGUACCUCGGCGGUGGGCGUGGGCCUCUGAUGCAGGAGUGUUUUGACGCGCUCAUGUCUCUGGGUUGGCGGCGCGACGAGACUGGGUUCUUCUACUUGGCUCCAGAUUCUACCUCUUUUCCGGCCGACGGCCCGUCUCCGACCGGAGGCCUGCCUCCUACCGGAGGCCCGUCUGCGGCAUCCCCCGUUCCGGCCAGCAGUACCAAUCAAGUGUCCCCCGUCCGGGCAGUGCGUUUCUCCUUUAGUGUGGUAGAGAAGAAUCCGUGCGCCGCGCUGGUGUUACGACAACGUGUGUUGGCGGAUCCGUGCGAGUGGUGGCGCGAUGUGGAGGUGGUGGAGACGGACAUGCGUGAGUGGCGGCCGCGGUUGGGGGUGGACUUGGUGGUAUCGGAGUUGCUGGGGAGCGUGGGUGAUAAUGAGCUGAGUCCGGAAUGCCUGUGGCCGGUCUACCGCUCUCUGACACCUCAGGGUGCAGUCGUGCCUUUAGAGCACACCUCCUAUUUUGCGCCCAUUGCCGCCUCUAAGCUCCACCGACAACUCGCCACUGAGUCGUCCGCAACUGGCGCCUUCGACGCCGGCUACGUCGUGGACCUCUACAAUUACACAACUUUGGCACAACCCGCACUCCCCGCUUUCCGCUUCUCCUACAAACCCGACGCUGGCGGGCACGGACCAGGUGAUGGAGUUAAGGGUGUAGUGGAGACAGAGACAAAGGACCGGGAUGUCAUAGCGCAUUACCGGAGGGUGGACGAGUUCAAUCGGUUCGCGAGACUGCGAUGGACCAUACAAUCUCACGGCGAGGUGGUGGAGUGUCACGGAUUUGCGGGGUACUUUUCUUCCUUGCUAUCGCCCAGCGUGAUUUGCUCAAUUGCGCCUCAUGAUGAGAGUAGAGACAUGGACAGCUGGUAUCCUCUGUACCUGCCUGUGGAGCGGUCUCUAAGGCUCGAAGACGGGGAUGAACUCGAGCUGCAUAUUUGGCGCGUGUGCGAUAUAAGUCGAGUGUGGUACGAGUGGCUGGUUCAAGUCCAGCGAGGUGCCACAAUCUAUUACAUAUCCCGAAUACACAACUGGGCAGGUUGUGUUUGGAACUUCCGAAAAUAA